UCCCUUCCACAAACUCCAUCAUGUUUACUUCCCCCUCCAUCAUGUUUGCGCUGCUCAGCUUCCUCGCUGGCGCCAAUGCGUGUAUACAGUGCCCAGCCACAAUGAGGGUCGGCGGUGGUGUCAAUAAACUACGCGAUACCAACAUACAUGACCAGUUCACAUAUUGCAACUACGAUCAUGUCCCGCUCUACGCUUCCAAUGUUUACUGUAUGUACAACACCGUAAGUGCUUUCUAGGUAUUGCGCCCCCUCAUUGUUUUCGGUUUACAUGCUAGCGAUCAUAUCAGGAUAACGGAAAGUUGGUGGAUCAUUCUGAGUACUACUUUUUGUCCGGCUGCACUAACUGUGAAGGAUCACUGCUGAACUGUGAUGUAAAGAGGUGGGGGAGACGAUACACCCAAAAGGAGGAGCAAUGUUCGUUUGCAGACAGCCGUGUGUAUGCCAGUACUUAGAUCAAGUCAUCUGUUACGAAAAUUGCGCUUUCCUUCUUGAC